AUGGGGGAAAUAAUAAGAUCCUGGUUGCAGUCUCGUUUAGGAGUGAUAAUAGAUCUGACUCCAGAGGUGUUUGGUCACUACUCGAGAGAUGGUACCCUUUUAGCAAAACUCCUGUACAACUACGAUAUAAUAAAUGAGACUCAACUGGAGACCAUAACCCGUACGAAGGACCCAGCCCUGGCCCGAAUUAAUCUGAAACACCUGAGGGCCUGGUCUAAGUUCAUAGGAGUGAAUUUUGAUGACAAGUGCUUGGAGGACAUCUCCAAUGGCCGAGGUACAGCGUCUCUUCGAGUGUUUUACAAGCUCUUCCUUUGUCUCGAAAUGAAGGAUCGACUGCACUUCAUCACCCUGCAGAAAGAGCGAGAAAGGUACAUCCCGAAUUCAACAAAAUUUGAGGUAUCGGUGGUCCCCGAAUUGCCACCACCAGCUGAACCCUUGGAUCAUCCCCUGUCUGCUGAGCUCGUGAGAAAUGUGGAGGUCAUUGAGUGGCACAGGAAGAAGUUCCUGGAGGCCAUCCAGCGAUCCAAACAUUUCACCAAUUCCUCUCUCCCCUCGCAGAUAUCUGAAGAAAUACCUGAGAAAACCCCGAGAGCAACGACAACACUUGAGAUUCAAGAGGAAAUUGGUCGUAAUGAAUUCAGUGGAAUUGAUUCUAUGAAGUCCUCUCGGUCUUUCGAUAAAAAACGAGUCAAAAAUCCUCUGGAAGCGAGAAAAUACGUGAAGAGUCUUUCGCACCGAAGGUCUCGUGCAGCAGCUGCUGAAGACUCAAAACUUUAUUCCCAAAAGAAAGUACUAUCCUCGAUCUGGGGGAGAAUAGAGGAGAGCCAGAACCGAAAGAUUGACGAGACGAUUUGCAGAAGUGUUCUGAGAGAAUCUCAGUACGAGAAACAGAUGUUGAAGAAAUUAUGUGAGAUCCGGAAAGAUAAAGACAGGAUAUCAGACACCAGGAAAUUAGUGGAGAGUCUCAUGCAGAAAUCGAAGGAAGAAUCCUUUCGUUUUGAGGAGGAGAAAAGGCGAGAGGACUUGAGGGUUGACACCCGCAGGAUUGAUGACGAGAGGAAGCGACUGAUGGAACUGGAUCUCAGGGUCAAUAACAAAAGGGUCCAGGAGAGUGAGGAAUACCUGCAAGAACUGGGGAGAAAACUGAUGGAGGAUUUGACGGAUAUCGCGAUGUCCAGUGGUGAUUACAGGAUUUUUUAUUCCCAGGACGUACCGAGGAGAGUCUGGAGGGACUGGAAGGCUCUCUUCAUUCAAGGAUUAUCGCUUCUUCCACCUGACGAGGAACUGCCAACCGAAAUUCUUCGAGGAGAAGGUGAAGAAAUAAUCGCCAGGAGUUCUGAAUGGAUUAAUCGAGAGGAAUUGCUGGACAGAAGAGACCUGGAGGAGUACCUCAAGCUCUCCGGUCCCUGGGAGGAGUUCCUCCCAGAAAACGAAGAGAACUUGGGGCGAAAUGUCCUAGGGUACAUCGUACACAGACUUCUGGGUCUUCUCCACCCCCAGGACUACAAAUCCCCACCUCUCCAGGAGUAUCCAGUUCAAGGAGUUCUCCUCGGUCUUCCAGAAUCUUCUCUUGAUAUUCUUCGUGAUUUCCUCAGUUCCCAGGGGAUUGAAAUUGUCCAGGUGAAGGAGACCGUCGACUAUUGCUUGAGGAGAUACAAAGAAGAAAUCAAGGACUUCAAGUUCGUGGAUCUAGAGUUAAAUAGAAGAAAUGGAUCUUCCCAGUCUUCCCAAAUCAAUGAAACAGAUCAGAAGUCGAAUAAGAAUACCCAGACCCCUAGAAUAAUCCCCUACGAGGACCUGCACCCUCUCCUGAGCGACGCCGCCUUCCUGGGAAAAACUAUCCACGAGUUAUUGACUCACGGUAAUAAGAUUCCCGAGAAAUUAAUCGCAAAAACGAUAAUUCUGUACCUGAAGAGCCUGAAUACCCAGGGAUGGGUGAUUAUCGAUUAUCCUGAGACGUACCAGCAGAUGAUACACCUAGAGUCUGAGUUAUCUGGAGGCAACGAGGAGUUUUUCGAUUCAAAAGGCCAUGAGGAUGAGAAUGAAGAGCUGGAGGGAGUUCUCAAGAGUUCCAGGCUUGUGCCCAACCCUCUAGCUCCGAAAAAUCGUGAAAGCAACUCACACCUGACGAUAUUCGUCAGGAUGAGAGAGAAAUCGAGGAUUUCCGAAGACGAAAAUGAAGUGGAGAAAUUUUACAUCAGCCAGGGGCUCGCCCUGGUGUUCCCUUACGCCUCGGGGGACUUUGAAGCCCUGGAGGAAUUGUCCGAAGUCAUAACUAAAGACCUGAGAACGACUGGACAGCUGGAGAGGUCCUUAGGUAGUCUGGAGUCUUUCGAGGAUUCUAGACAAUCAAAAACCCCUGAAGAGGGAGAGCUACGACCUGGAGAUCCAAGUUGGAACUACGCAGAUCUUCCACAGGAUGAAAACAACCUGGAGGAGCUAGCCCUCUGCUGGAUAAACCUGGAGUCCAGCUGCAUCAGUGGAUUAACUGAAAUCCUCUCCUUGAAACGCUUCACCUUCCUGACGGUUCUCCCGUACAAAGAUUUCAUCGUGAAAUAUUUAUUAGAAUUCGCUGGUCAAGAUUUCAGGCAGCAGCUCCUGCGAGGAUUUCAGAAGGCCUUCAACGAAGUCCCUGAGGACAUGAGGAAUGACGAGGAGGUGAAGCACGAGCUCCACUGCAGGAUGAGGGACUUCCAGGAAGAACUCUGGGAAAUUUGCGACCGAAAACGUAGGAACUGCUUCAGGAAGAGAGAGGAAAUCGUAGGGGACCACUGGACGACUGGACAACUGGUGAUUCUAAUCAAUAUUUAUCUCGCCCUCAUGGAGAUCGAAGUGAAGAGGUUCGUCGACACUGUAGCCGUUGUCGAGGAGUAUUAUGCAGCGAUUAUCAAGAAAGACCCGAGGAGAGAGAGAAUUGAAAACCUUAGACUUCAGAGAGUCUCUUUUCUCGAUGAAGAACGUGGGGAAAGAGAUGAUGGGAAGCCAAAGGCUCCAGGUCUCGAUAAACUAGAAUUGCGGAAGGAAGUCGAGAGGAUUCUACUGGGUGGAGACCAAGAAUCAUUCAAAAUUGAUGAAACAAACGGUUUUAAGACAAUCAGGGCUAAUAUACAUUUCUGUCAGUCCUUCAUUGAUGACGUCCUCUCCUCGGCCUUGGAAUUUCUGAAGAAAAAUGACAAACGAUCAAAGGAGACUCCACCGAACAUCAAGAAGGGCAAGAGGCCAUCGAAGAAGUCCUCGAAGCUCCAGACGACGGAAGAUCCUGGAGAAAAUUCAGAAAUCGACAAAAAAUUGGAAAAUGCCCUGAAGGAAUGGAGCUGCGUCCUGGAGUACGAGGCCACCAGGAUAAAGACUCUUCUGAGUGUUCUAGAGUCGGCUUGGAAAUCCGAUGUCGAGUUCCUCCUGACGACGAUUCAGGACGGACUGCAUCUCGUCGAGGAAAAAAUCAACGAGAUUUAUAGAAAGGAAUUAAAAGGCAUCGAGGAAAUGUCCAGGGUUUUCUGUCUGGCCAUUGAAUAUCACCGAUCGCUCCCAGGGGAUAUGAUCCUCGAUGGAGAUCGUUUCCUGGUCAAUUCCCAUGACUCCAAGGAUGGAGAGGUUCUCAGAUCAUUGAGAGCUUUUCCCACCGAGGAAGCAGAGGAUUUACAAUUUAAAAUGGUACAGUUGGGACGUCUAAAGGACAUCUUCGAGAGAGUCGCCCCUUCUGGAAGUCUCCCUCGACGAUCGUUCAUCUACAUCCUCCAGGAUCUCAUCGCCUGUGGGGAUGAGGACAACGAGCCCCUGGUGCCCCCGUCCUGGCUGAAAUUAGAGCCCAAAGAGGUAUUUGAGCUCGUCUUCGAGGUUUUUGGGAAUGAUCCCCUCGUCGACUGGCGAGAUUUUCUGGUGUACGCGAUGAACAUCGAUUUACCGAGUCAAGAGCAACUCCUGGAGACUCUGGAGCACUUCAGGAAAAGAGAUGAGAGUCUCUCUGGAUGCCUCCCAAGGGCUGUCUUCAUCAAUAUUCCCGUCUGGUUCCAUAAAAAUCUCGUCACCCCUUCCAUCAACUCCUGGCUCCACGAGGAUUUCGAGGAGGACGAGUAUGAGCUCUCAACCAGAACCAGCAGUUCCCCUCAUUCCCGAGUUAUUUCUCUCCGUCCAAAAUCCAACAAAAAAUCGAUUUCUUUCAGAAUCGACGAGAUCGUCAAAAAACUCCCGAUCGAGGAAAUCACCCCCCAGGAAUUGCGACUAAAUCUCGCGAAAGAACUCCUCAGCGAAAUCUUCCUCGAGAACAAUAACGUCAACUACCUCAAAAUUUUACUAGCCUUCUGCAGGGAUCAGAAUCCCAGUAAAGGAUUGACAGGUGCCCUGACUGUCGUCCUGAACUCCAAAAUCUGUGGGAGUUCCGAGGACGGCGAGAAAUUCGUUGAGGAAUCGAUGUCCAGCAGCUCCUGGAGGACGUGA